AGAACAAAAGUAAAUAAAAGAAAAAGAAAUAACACAACAAAACCCAACUAAAAAGCAACAAAUAAACUCAAGAGACUUCAAUUCCUUUCUUCCCCAUUCCAUUCACUUCUUCUCCCUUUCUCUCACCACCACACACUGUUUUCAUUUCAGCAAACACAAAAACAGACACAUUCAUUGGCUUUGGUUAUGUUCUGUUUACCAAUUAUUCAGUUGCAGCAACCAAACAAUAAAGACACAAUCUUUUCAUCAUCAUCAUGAACCCCUUUUCCGCUUUUCCUCUUAAAACACAAAAUUCUACUUAAAUUCAACUUUUUUAUGGUGCUUCCCAAUUUGGGUACCCACAAAUAAAUAUAAAAAGCUUAUCUUUACAAAAGGGUAGCUGGAUAGUUAGAUAGAUCUCAAAUCUCAAAAUUCUUCAACCUCCUUCAAUGGCGUCAUGCCCAGCAAAUUCAAUUACCUACAAUGGCAGCUUGUGUGCAUGCAUCCCUGGCUAUGUUCUGAACAACACUGCAAAAAGUUGCACCCUUUUUUCUUCAGGCUCCGACAUAACAACAAAUUCUGGUGUUGACUACUAUGCUCUCAGCUUCCCUGAGACACUCUUUGCCUUUGACAGAAUCAAGAAGUUCACACAGUCACAAGCUGUGUUCUUGGAAGGAACACUUGUGAUGCUUCUUUCUUGGCUAAUUAUGUGCUUUUUCCUUAGGUUCAUGAAGCUUGGUGAUGGCCGCAAUGUGUGGUUCCAAAUCAGGUGGUGGAUUAGCCGGUUGGAUAUUUGCUUUGCCACAAGACACUGGCUGGACGAUCAAAAAGUAGUUACCAAACGCAAAACAGAACUUGGCGGAGCUUUCUCCAUAGCAAGUUGGAUACUUUUUAUUGGUCUAUUUGCUGCGUUGCUAUACCAGAUCAUAUCAAAGAGAUCAAUUGAGGUGCAUAAUAUAAGAGCAACAAAUGGACCAGAAUUAGCUUCAUUUAUCAGUCACUUGGAUUUCAAUAUAACAACAAUAUCUAGUAUGAGCUGUGCAAAUCUACGUGGCCUCGGUACUUUAGUUACGGGGAAUCCUGGCUUCGUUGAUGAGAGAGUUCUUUCACUAUCAACAUUAGUGAACUACACUUGUUACAACUCAAGCAAGGGGCCAACUAUAGCAUUAAAGUGUGAAAAGUGCAGAGCUAUCCCUGAUAACAUGUAUAUUUCAUGGCAGUUUGUUGAUCUUCCAAGUUCUCCUGCCACUGCUGUUGGUUUUGAGUUCAAGCUAUCUGCAUCUGAUGAUACUAAAAAACAUGUUAGUUUUGUUAAUGGAACACUAAAGAAUGGAAGCAAUUUUGACAAUAGCCCUGUUACAUUCAGAGGGAGAGAAUCAAAUAUUCUGAAGUUUAACUUGUUCCCUAGAAUAUACCGUAAUUUACACGAUCUAAAGCUCAUACAGCCUUUAUUUCACGAGUUCCUCCCAGGUUCGGUUUCUCGUGACAGAAAUCAACUUCAAGCAUCACUUGAAAAUUCUGUUGAUGGCCUAGUUAACACUACAUUGUACAUCAAUUUUCUCUCUGCUUAUGUUGUGGAAAUCGACAAGGAGAAUAUUUUGGGUCCUGUGAGCUUCCUUGCGGAUCUUGGUGGCCUGUAUUGCAUUAGCAUUGGGAUCUUUUUCUACCUGCUGAUACAGUGUGAGUAUAGGAUAAAGAAACUCAGAAAUGAAGACAACGUUAUGCGGACUAUUAGAAAUCGGCGUAAAGCACAAGAACACUGGGACAAAUUGAGGAAAUAUGUGAUGUUCACUUAUGGCUGCCCUACAAUUGAAGAUGACUACAAGAACUCCGAAACAGAUCCUUGUUGUAGCGGGACUAUGCUGCAUUCAGUUCGUGGUAGUGCAUCGUCGCGUAAACGAAGGAUGCAAAGCAAAACAAGUUCUAUAAGUUUCUACAAGAAACCUGACCAACCUGCUACCAUGUCACAGAGCUUCAGACCAGUUGGAUCUGCAAAUGGUUCAAACCUGCAACCUGAAAAUAUGGAAAAACAGCAUAAUGUUGAUAUACACAAUGAUCCUCAUCGGCCUCAAUCUUCUCAAUCGCACGAGUCUUCAAUUGUUGAUGAUAACUUCAUUCCUCCUCCACCUUCACUAGAAUGCAAGGACGGCUCGAGAAUGAACAUGUCCGAUGUUCAGAAGAAUCUCCAAAGCUUGUACGAGUACAAUGUCAUGCUGAGGGACAAGUUAGUAGCAGCACAGUCUCUGCUGCAUUCUUCCUCAUCUUCACAAUCUUCUAAAGUUCGAAGUAACGGAACCUAGCCAUACCCCAUCUUUGUAAAUGUGAGUCCUUAUCCGUGUGUUCUCAAAUUGUUCCAUGAUUUCCACAAGCAUGGAUGUCAUCCUACAAUGGAGUUCCGAUCAAGGAAAACUAAUGGUCGGAGAAUCUGCGGCAUGGACAGAAAUACUCGCAAAACUUCUGGCCGGAUAUUCUUUCCCACGUUCAAAGCUGCUUGAGUUUAGACAAACUAUGUGAAUCCAUGUCUUAAAGAGAUUUUGGUUUUACAAGUGAUUCAUUCAUACUCUUAUACAAGUGAUUUUCCAUGUCAUGAUAACUUUGUAUAGCCAAUGCUUUUAUUUUGUGCAGUGGAGAGUGAUAUUGAACUUCAAUUGUGAGGCUUGAGUUCUUGAGGAUGUAACACAGUUUUCACUUAUUAUAUUAUUACUAGACCUAGAUCCAUGCAAU